AUGGAGGCUCGAGGGAUCCACCUCACCCUGUGGCUUCUUACCCUGUCCAUGCUCACGCAGAUGCCUUCUGGUAACCUGUUUUCUCCAGAACUGAAAAACGAACUGUGUGAAAGCGGGUAUCUUGGAGACAUCUGCAACUAUCCUGUUAAGAGGGGCUUUUGCACCGCCAUUCUGUACAGAUACUACUUCAACAAGGUAACAUCCUCCUGUGAGCCCUUCAUCUUCUCUGGCUGUGGGGGCAACAGAAACAACUUUAAAGCUCAGUACCUCUGUGAACACUAUUGCCUUCAGAAACAGGUAAGCCUCUUGGUGCCUCACCCCGCUCUUAACAACUCUAAAUGGUUGAGAAUAACAGUUUUACCGGCAACACCUAAAAAAAGGCUAGGGAGAAAUGAGCAUGGAAUCAUGAAAUUACUUCCAGAUGCAAUCAUGUGA